GCCCACCUUUCUUCUCAGCUUUUUAAGUCCAUCGUCUACGAGACUGGACGACGGCUUUCUCACUGCAAUCGAACUCGAAGAGAAGCGGCUUGACGCAGACCGACGACCACCUUCCGAGCUUCAGCGACGACGAUGGCGCCGCCGAGAGCAAUCGCCAGCCCGGUGCCGGACUCGCUGUACCCGACCCUGGCCUUCCUCAUGCUCGCGAUCGGCCUCGUCUUCACCGCCGCGUUCUUCAUUCAUGAGACAACCUCCUCAAGACGGAACCUCAGCCUUGUCAAGGAGGUGACUACUGGGGCAGUGGCAUCUGUCUUCCUGGGAUUCGGGUCCUUAUUUCUUCUUCUCUCAUCGGGCGUUUAUGUUUGAUUCUCAAGCUACUUAGAUCGAGUUAUUUGCUGUUACCUGACUGGAUAUAGUUACGUAUAAUGGACAGUAUCCUCGAGAAUGCUGGGAACAAUUUUGGCAGACUUAAUCAGGGAGGUUUUUAUUAGUAGAACGAGGUAGUGGUUUUCGAAUCCAAUGCUGUUUUCCUCUUGUUGUUUCACAGAUUUUUGCUAUGAUUUAGUGCCUCGCCCCUUACAAGUCAAUGACCUUCCAUGGUUACCGAAA